AUGGAAGAAAGAAACGAGACUCCGGUGACUGACUUCGUCCUCACAGGACUCACUGAGUGUCUGGAGUUGCAGGUGCCACUCUUCCUGGUUUUCCUCAUCGACCUCAUCACCAUGGUGGGCAACCUUGGACUGAUCGCUCUCAUCUGGAAGGACCCUCACCUACAUAUGCCCAUGUACAUAUUCCUCAGCAGUUUAGCCUUUGCUGACGCGUGCACUUCGUCCUCUGUGACCCCCAAGAUGCUUGUCGAUUUUUUAUCUACGGAUCGUGAGAUAUCCCUGAUCGAGUGCUUUGCCCAAUUUUACUUUUUUUGUUCCAGUGCAACCACAGAAUGUUUCCUCCUGCUAGUGAUGGCCUAUGACCGCUAUGUCGCCAUCUGCAACCCCCUGCUGUAUCCCGUCGUGAUGUCUAAUAAGCUCUGCACCCAGUUUAUAGUUGUGACAUAUCUUAUAGGUGUUAUGAAUUCAGCCAUGCACGUGGGCUUGUUAACGAGAUUAACUUUCUGCAGGUCCAACAUUGUACAUUAUUUUUACUGUGAAAUUGUACAACUAUUCACAAUUUCUUGCACCGAUCCUACAAUUAACAUGCUUGUGGUUUUCAUCUGCUCGAUCUUUAUACAAGCGUUCACACUUGCAAACAUUGUAGUCUCUUAUACCCGUGUGCUCUUUGCCAUCCUGAGAAAGAAGUCCGAGAAGGGCAGACAUAAGGCGUUCUCCACCUGUAGUGCUCACCUGCUCUCUGUCUCUUUAUUCUAUGGCAAUCUCUUCCUCAUCUAUAUUCGUCCUGGGUCUGGACCUGCAGAAGAUAAGGAAAAACUGUAUUCUUUAUUUUACACAAUAAUAAUCCCCUUGCUAAACCCAUUUAUUUAUAGCCUGAGGAACAAAGAGGUUCUAGGAGCCCUGAGAAGAUUAAUAAAGAAAUAA